AUGGAAAAUGUUACUGAAGCMCAAGAUAAUCAGACUUGGGGGACUUGGACGGACCAAAUAAUCGAAUACAAAGUGGUGAGCACUUUGUUAGUUUUCGUGAUAUGCGCCUUUGGGAUCGUUGGUAAUGUUAUGGUGAUCUUAGUGGUGCUUACCACUAAACACAUGAGGACACCCACCAACUGCUACCUGGUGAGCUUGGCCGUUGCAGAUCUCAUCGUACUAACUGCGGCGGGCUUACCGAAUAUCACGGACAGCAUCUUCGGGUCUUGGGUGUUCGGCCGCUCAGGAUGUCUCGGAAUCACCUACCUCCAGUACCUGGGAAUCAAUGCAUCGUCCUGCUCUAUCACCGCCUUUACCAUCGAAAGGUACAUCGCUAUUUGCCACCCGAUAAAAGCCCAGUUGCUGUGCACACUGUCCAGAGCCAAGAAGAUAAUAUUGUUUGUCUGGGGUUUCACUUUACUCUACUCCGUCAUGUGGUUCUACCUGUCAGAUAUCAAAGAAGAAGCAUAUGAGAACGACGUGACCAUCGUGAUAUGCAGCUACAAAGUUUCAAGACAACUCUAUUUGCCCAUUUACUUUUUGGAUUUCGGGAUAUUUUUUGUUGUGCCGCUUAUGCUGGCUACCAUUCUGUAUGGUCUCAUCGCCAGAAUCCUGAUCAUGAAUCCGUUACCUUCUGAACGCAAGGAUAAAAGUAAAAAUGAACAAAGCAACACAACGAGGGGAUGUAAAAACUCCCACCACACCAGCACUACCGCUACUUCUCGGAGACAGGUGACCAAGAUGCUGGCUGUGGUGGUGAUCCUGUUCGCUGUGCUGUGGAUGCCGUACCGCACCCUGGUGGUGGUAAACUCCUUCCUGGAGCAGGCCUACAUGAAUACCUGGUUUAUUCUCUUCUGUCGGAGCUGUGUCUACCUCAACAGCGCAAUCAACCCCAUCAUCUACAAUGCUAUGUCGCAGAAGUUCCGUGCCGCCUUCCGCAAGCUCUGCCUCUGCGGACGGAAAGGCUCUGAGAAGCCUACCGGCGGCACGUACGGUGUGGCGCUGACCUACAGCGUGGUCAAGGACACAUCUAUGGUGGAGACGACGGACCAAUUCAACACAGAGCUGGACGAGAUCACGGUAACCUGUGAGUUGCCUGACAAGAAGAUGGUGUUUCAGGACACCUGUGUGUACAGCAAGGUGACUUUAUGCAAUGACUGAUGUUGUAAGGUUCGUGUUCAGGGUUCAGUCACUGAAGAUGACAGCUCCUCUAAGCCUUGAGGGACAGCUUUGGAGGUGCUGACGUUUUUGGUGUGAACAGACUAUAUUMUAGAGCCAUUGGUGUGUCUGGUCUGUCAAGUGUGAAAACAGUGUCCUGGGUGAAGCUAACAAAACAUUUUAGUCCCUGCCUGAGAUGUGAAUACAUUAUUACUGUAUAUUUGAGUCACUUUUUGCAAAUCCAAUYUAUUUCCACAUAGAUUCCACGUCAACACCUUGACAAAUUACAUUGGAACAAUGUUGAUUCAACCAGUUUGUGCCCAGUGGGAUGUGUACUCAGACACUCAUCUUCAGAUACACAUUGUGAGCUGUCCCGGUUUGACUCAAGGUGGAGAUUUCCCACUGAAUGAGACCUCACUGGACUG